AUUUACUUCCGCCGGGAAUCUUUGCAGCCCUGAUCUGAUCAUCAUCUUCAAUCGUUGUUUGCCAAUCGGAGCGAUGACGGCGACGGCAGAGGAGAAGAGAUCGGAACGAAAACGAAAAAGGUCGAGGCAUCGCAAGAGUUCGACUGAAGAACCUGUUUCUAUCGAUCCGAAGCACACCAAUGAUCGUAAAAGCUCGGUAAACAUCGAAGGCGAAGGACACUCUGCUGCCCAUUGCCGUUCGAUUUCGCUCGGAGACUCCAAAUCCUCCGCUUUUCUCGACAAGAUGAGAGCAAGGUUAUCGGGAGGCCAUUUUCGGAUGAUUAACGAGAAGCUCUAUACCUGCACCGGGGAUGAAGCGCUUAACUAUUUUAAAGAAGAUCCAACGUUGUUUAAUAUGUAUCAUACAGGAUAUCAGGAGCAAAUGUCACAUUGGCCGGAGCAACCGGUUAAUAUUAUUGCAAAAUGGCUGAAGGAUCACAGCCCAUCAUUAGUUGUGGCUGAUUUUGGCUGUGGGGAUGCACGCCUUGCAAAAAAUGUCAAGAAUAAAGUCUUCUCUUUAGAUCUUGUCUCGAACGAUCCAUCAGUAAUUGAGUGUGAUAUGUCACAUACGCCCCUUGACACCUCGUUUAUAGAUGUUGCAGUCUUCUGCCUGUCUCUGAUGGGCACAAACUACCCAAAUUACCUUCAAGAAGCACACAGAGUUCUUAAGCCAUCUGGGUGGCUCUUGAUAGCAGAAGUGAAGAGCAGGUUUGAUCCAAAUACGGGAGGGGCAGACCCGAAUAAGUUCUUAAAAGCAAUCUGUGCAAUGGGGUUUACCCUUGCGUCAAAGGAUUUCUCCAACAAAAUGUUUAUAUUAUUGUACUUCAAGAAAAAGGAGAAGCCAUCCACCAAGUGGAAGGAAAUUGAAUGGCCUGAGCUGAAGCCAUGUUUGUACAAGCGUCGUUGAACCCUAAAACUAUCUGCUUGUCAUUGUUGUGAACAUGCACGAAGGUUGAAGCUCAUUACCUGGUACUUACUUUAGGGUGUAGAGUUUUUUCUUAUGCCCUGUUCUGAGGAAGACUAAUGGUUAAUGAAACUACUGGAAGUGGAUGCAUCUAACGUUAUAUACAUGUUGAGAGGCCAAGAACUAAAUUGCCUGUAUAUCGAUGUUAAGAAGUCUGAGAAAGUAGAAGAAUAAAAGAAGCAAAUUAAGCUCA